UGACAAACUACUUCCGGGUAGUUGUCGGCGUCGAACAUGGCUGCGGUGUAGUUGUCAAUGUGACAUGCAGACUGUUGUGACUUGUAUAAUGUUAAACAUAAGUUCUUAAAACGAAUGAGAUUUUGGGAUUGUUGUGUCUGUGUUGUCCUUGUAUCCUCGUGAGGUUCGGAAAGGCAGUCAUACGACAUGGUUCAUCUCUCGCCUUUGCUUCUGAAGCAGUAUCAUGGAGGAUACGUCGUCAUUAGACUGGCACUGGGCGGCUGCACAAACAGGCCGUUCUACCGAAUAGUGGCAGCAUACAAUAAACGCGCCCGCGACAGCAAGUACAUCGAGCAACUGGGCUCCUUUGACCCCCUCCCAAACAUCCACAACGAAAAACUCGUCAGCUGCAAUUACGAGAGAAUCAAGUACUGGAUCGGUUGUGGUGCUCACCCCACUAAACCCGUGGCCAAACUACUAGGGCUGGCGGGAUUCUUCCCUCUGCACCCAAUGACGAUAACGGAGGCAGAGCGGCGGAAGAACGCGGCUGUUCUGACCGAGGGAGGAGGCGAUGAGGAGCAGGCUCAGGAGACCAGGGAGGAGGAGGAGGCGUAGCCCAAACCCUAACCCAAACCCGCAGCCCAGACUGAGCCCGCCGAAGGAGCGGGCCGUCUGUUCCAGGAAGGAGCCUUCUCGCACUUUGGCUCCUGUGCUGAGCAGCUACGUGCGGAUGUAUCGCGUGGUCCCGAGACUCUUUGAUACGUCAUGUAUUUCAUAUGAUAACCUGGCUUGGUUCGAUUUUUGUUUUUUGCUCCAAUACCACAUACUUCAUUUGAUCUGUUAAUGUUUUAUUGUAUUUAGAGAUAUUGUUCUUGGGGUUGAAUAAAGUAUUGUGCUUGAGGAAAAAUCUUAUUUAAAUUUCAGUGUAGUCUAGGAAUCGGGUCUGCAGUUUGGACUGAAAUUAUAUUACUUUUUUAAAGGGGUAAUCCCUGUGUACAGCACCAAGAUAUGCAGCCAGAGACCCCUAUGACAAAACUUAAUUACUCAGUGGAAGCAACUAAAACAAUUUCAGUGGCAGGCAAUUCAAUUAAAGUCUUCAUAUAUAGACCUUGACUUUAACCAUGACCACAGAAAAACAAUAUGCCUGGUAGUGCUGUAAAUAUUUAAAGUUCUUUAGGCCCUGUACUGUGUGGACUGUUGCAGUGGUUUAGAGAAAUGUUUGUGGGUGCCUAUUAGUUCAUUUUAUCUGCAAACUUAUACCUUCUGAUUUUAGUCAAGUAAUUCUUCCCGAUAUCAUAGACCGUUUGCUUUUUCCUUCAUCAGAUAUUUAUUUAUUUUUUAGCACUAGUUGUGUAGAACAUACGGCUCAAACAAAUUUUCAGUAUAUUACAGCUUAUGCCACUAGUGGUGGAGUUUAGAUGCAGUGUUGCCUUUUUAGAUAAAGAGAGGGCAAAUUAAUUGUUCUUAAGAGGAUGCAUUGACACUUUCCCAUAGAAUCUAGGUUGUUGGCAGUGUACAAUAACUGUUGCCACAAUAGUGUAAUUCAUUGAACAGUAAACAAGGUUUAUCUUAAUAGAGCUCCACCUUUUCUUGACACUCCCCUGAUAGGGACCUCGCCAGUUCUGUGAGAUUGUGUAAUGGAAAAAUAAUUUUUUCUGUGUAAAUGUCACUGUUGGUGUGACCCAAUGCACUUCGCUGGAAUACUUAGCCAUCGCCCUAAAAAGAAUCUAAUCAUAAGCAGCAAUUCCAGCUGGUCCCUUUUUAUUAUAUGUGUUUACCACAGCAGUGCCGUUAUGCACUUAACUGAGUCAGCACAAAGCACAAGUGGACAGUGAGAUUAUAGCAUCACCAGCCACACACCUGUGGAAGGAGCUGGCCUACAUGGCUAGCUGGUUAUUAAGUAAGGUAAUGGGUAAUUGACUUUAUAUUAAGAAGUAGCAUCAUAAAAAUAAGCAUUAUGAGUAAAUGAGCUAGGUAAAUCUUGUUUCAUCAUUUUUUUUACCUGUAAUAAACUUUAGAAGCCAUGUUAGGAGUUCUGCUGUAUAACCUUAAAUUAAUGGAUGGAAAUUAAUCAGUUUUUUCAGAGAAACACAAAUUACUUUUGACAGCUGAACAAAUUGUAUUUUUAUUGAAGUAUCUCACAUACCUUAAAAAAAAUUACCAUGUAUUCUGAACAUAUGAGUGCAUAGUACUUGAGAUUAACCAAAGCAAUCAAGCAUUAACCAGAAUAUUAAAUAUCGUCAAAGCCUGAAUUGGAAAGAGACUAACAGUCUCCAUUUUGUGAAAGCUUUGUUUCCUGGUCAAUUUUUAAGAAAUUGUUGGAAUCUGAAUUCAUGUUUUUUCAACGACGGGGGUAAGCAUAAUUUAUUCUAGCUCUUGGGUUAAUAAGAGAUAGGUUUACUUAUGAAUGGUUUCACGAAAAAUGCAUUCAAAGGGCUGGGUACAUUGUGCAAUCAAAUUACAGUGCCAUUGUACAGGAAACCCCGAAUGUAAAAAUAGAAUGUUAACUGACUUUCCCAUUGUUCCCAUUGACCUGACCUGGGCUGGGUUGAUGCUUUGUUUUCAAGUCCUGGCAAUGCUUUGCAAAAGCAGGACUAGAGACACUGUAUCACACUCAGUGUGACAUUUUGGUUUCUGAAAGAGCGAUAGUUACACAGUUUACACUACACUUUUGAAUACUUGUGCUUUUCACAGCAGCGCUGCGUCUCCCUAUGUCAACGGAACACACACCUAAAAACACAAUACUCCAGCCCUUCUCAAACCAAGCAGACAGCAGAAAGCUCACAAGGUUCAAUCAAUCAAAUGUCAUUCAAAGACCCAAGCCCCCCGCUACGUCACUGCUGUUUAUGAUGAGUCAUAAAGGGCAAGCAUUAAUAAGUGUUAGAAGAAAUAUUUACCUUUCCAAGUUUUUAUGAACAUCUAUGCCCCCAAUAAUUUAUUAUAUGAAAUAAUCUGCUCCAGGUUCUUAAAUCAACUUUAUUUACCUUUCUUGAAAUGAGAGAUCCUCUAUCCAAUAUCCUGAGCCUAAAGAUAUCCAAGUGUAUUUAAAAUUCUAACCUGUAAAUUUGACACCUGGAGCCGGUCUAGUAGCCUUUCUGUGUUCGUUUUUGUGAGCUUAUAUGUCUGUACAUUGUGGUGCACAAAUACAAAAACACAGUACCUUAAAUGUGGUGUGAUGAAGGUUUUAUAUUAUUGUAAUAUCUCUGUCUUUUUCUUUUAUGAAAUAUUCAGAUGCAUAUGGACUUGGGUCAACUAUUGCACCCAAGUCCUUUUCUAAUUGUGUUCCUGUCAUAACAUAAUCCUGUCUUAAAUUACUGUAGGGCUCAAGGAAACCUUUUGUCAAAUUGAAUUUGCUUGCUGUCUGCCCAAUUACUUAAAACCUUAAAUACCCUUGAAUUACCUUAAGAGCUUCAGAACUGUUUGUUAUAUUUUGGCCUUUUUAAGCUAUGUAAAAUACAUGUCUACCAUAAGCAAUAUUCCAGCUGUGAAUAUACCUGUCAGAAACAAUAUAUUUCUGUAUGUAAGAAGCUAUUAAUAAGUUUAUUUUAUAUUUAGGAAUAAAGGGGUGGACCAGAUAGCACAGCCCAACAUCACAUAAAAGCUAUUGAAAUUUAAUGUUUAAACACAAACCUUGAUAUUGAUCACUUAAUGUCCAUGACAAAUCCUUUGUAUUUAUAGCCUUUGAAAUAUCUUUGGUUUAUCUGACUGAUCUGACUCAUGCAUUGCCUAUCACGCUGCCUAGUUUUGCUCAGUAAAUAUUAGGCUAAAUGAUCAACCAAGUGUUCAUACACGAUGCAGUGACUACGUGGGAGUGGUGAAUAAAAUUAACCACAUACUGCAUGUGUGUGCCCAUAUGUUAUAUUAAAUGAGUUCCUGCUUCCCUGUU